GGUCACGGCGGAAAUUAAAGAUGGCUGCUGCGCGAAACGGCAAAAGCGGGCUGCUGGAGAAAUGGAGGAUCGAUGAGAAGCCGGUGAAGAUCGAUAAAUGGGACGGAGCCGCCGUGAAGAACUCUCUGGACGAUGCCGCCAAAAAGGUGCUGCUGGAGAAGUACGGGCACACGGAGAACUUCCGUCUUGUGGACAGCCGGCUGAUGAUCUGUACGGUCUCCUGUCUGUUCGCCAUGCUGGCGCUGGUCUGGGACUACCUGUACCCGUUUCCUGAGUCCAGACCGGUCCUGGCCUGCUGUGUCAUCUCAUACUUCAUCAUGAUGGGCAUUCUGACUCUCUACACAUCUUAUAAGGAAAAGAACAUCUUCCUGGUGGCUCUGCAGAAAGAUCCGGCCGGUAUGGAUCCGGACCACGUCUGGCAGCUGGCGUCCUCCCUCAAACGGUCCAACUCUAACCCGAUCAGCACGGACUCGGACCAGCAGUACCACGAUGCUUGUUCACCUCCAAAGAAGAACCUCAUGGACCGAGACAAACUGAAACCAACGAAGAAGAAGCAGGAGGACCAUCAUCAUCAUCAUCUGUGA